CCACCACAAAGACCAAGCACAGCAUGGCACCCCCAGCUGCAGCUGCGUUGCAACAUCUCUCCAAUGCACUCGCAACUCCCGAGCAAUUAUCUAGCUCCUCAUCGUCCAUUGAUGGCGUCACUCCCGACCUCGAGGCGUCCCUCCGAUUUGCGGGCGCACAGCUUACCCACGCAGCUGGCAUCCUCCUGCGCUUGUCGCAGGAUAUCAUUGCGCAAGCCAUCGUGACUUUCACCCGAUUCUGGAUCGGUCCUGAAGGGGGAAGCAUGCGUAUUUAUUCAGUGAAGGAUGUCUCCGCCGCUGCUCUGUACCUGACCGCGAAGCUUUCGUUCCAGCCGACCUCACCUCGCUCCGUCCUCAACGUCUACAACUUCCUCUUGUCCAAAGAAGCGUCUCCACUGUGGUUCGUCAGUCCCAGAGGAGUAACCGAUAAGCCCGCCCCGGAAACGUACGUCCUCUCUGAAGGAGGCUACCAGACGCAGCGCGCCGUCCUCCUCCGAAUCGAAUCGGUCAUCCUUCGCACACUGGGCUUCAACACACAUGUCGCCCUACCGCAUACAAUUGCCCUGACCUACCUGCAGACCCUCGGCGUUUCUUCAUCAGAUGUGGGCCGGAGGGUAUUCGAGCACUUGAAUGGAUCUCUGCUGUCGCCGCAACUACUCUACGUCACGCACCAGCCGAAUGCGCUUGCUGUCGCGGCUAUAUACCUCGCUGCUCGAGAAAAGGGUGUGAAGCUGGUCUUUGACGUCGAUCGGGAGGAGCUGGGGUUCUUGGUUGUGGCUAUGGGGAGCUUGGAAGGAUUUGCGAGGGCGGAGCUCGAUAAAUGGUCGACACGGACAGUGCCGAUGACUGUGGAGGAAUUGGAGGCUGAGAUUGAACGACGCAAGAUGAUGGAGGAGGGCGAGUGAUAUCGUGCAAUAACAGCUCUGACAGUGUCACGGUUUAUCCAACUCGAUCAAUCAGAGGAUCUCAGCUGCCGUGAGGGUCACAGUACGCUCUACGUUCCAAAAGCCCCACAGGCAGACAAGCUGAUCUCUGUAUCAUCCGGACCUUGCUUGGGCUUGCGGUCGCUAAAUACUGGGAUAUCUCAUGGACGACCUCUUCACAGUACCCAAGCACAAACCCAUGCCAUCACUCAUGAUGUUGUGUACCUUGAGGGAACCUCUUAUUGAGUGCGCGGGCAACUUUGGCUCGCUAUUGUGCCCUGGCGGGAUACAGGGACUGAAUCCAUACAAGCAUACAGAAGGCUGAACAUCGAAAGACAUGAUUGCGUCAUUAUCAGUGUCAUGUCAGUCAGGUGAAGCUGAUCAUUUGGCAGCCUCCUUAAAUAUAGUUAUAACUCUCUAGACAAACUGAUUACUAC